AUGGCAAGUAGAAAUCCCAUUUUCGCCAACAAAGAAGAUGCAAACGCUCGCGAGGCUAUUAAGCUCUAUGAGAAUAAGCAGUACAAAAAGGCUUUGAAAUUGAUUGACCAGAACUUGAAGAAAAACUCGUCGCACGCCGAAUCUUUGGCUUUAAAAGGCUGUUGCAAUUACCAAACUGGCCACAAAGCUGAUGCUGAAUCCUAUGUUCUCAAAGCACUUGCUAAAGCGCCAGGAAAUUACUUGGUUAACCACUUGGCUGGUAUCUACUACCGUAAUGUUGAUAACUACCAAGAGGCAGCAAAAUGGUUCAAAGCUGCUGUGGACAAUGGUCUGAAAAACACCCCCAUCUAUAGAGAUUUGGCGUUGAUGCAAUCACAAACCCGUGAUUAUAAAAACUUGCGUGAAUCGAGACAAAAGUUUUUGGAGAGCCAGCCCGGUUACCGUGCCAACUGGACUGCUGUGGCCAUUGCCCACCAUCUUAACGAAGAUUACGAUGCUGCUGUGUCGACGUUGGAUAAGAUCGAGGGAAUCAUCAAAGAACACAUUCAAGAGCAAGAUAGGUACGAGCACAGCGAGUGCUUGCUUUACAAGAAUUCCAUUAUUGCUGAAUCUGGCGACUUUGCUCGUGCCUUGAAGGAUCUUGAGGAAAACUCAGAUGAGAUCAGAGAUCGCACAGACUUCUUGUCUUACAAGGCCAAAUAUUUGGUUGCAUUGGGCAAGCGUAAGGAGGCUUCUCUUGUUUACCGUCAAUUGUUGCAGAGAAAUCCCGACAAUGCUUCGUACUACAAUAUGCUCGAAUUAGCUUUAGAGACUCCAGCGCAAUCCUUUGAUCUUCGUUUGAAGUUGUACGAUAAGUUGGCCCUGUUUUAUCCUCGUGCUGAUCCUCCUCAAUUUCUUCCGUUGAGCUUCUUGCCAGCUUCUCAUCCCGAGUUCCGCAAGCGUGUUUCCAACUACAUCUUGUCUCAGUUAAAGAGAGGAGUGCCAGCUACAUUUGUCAAUGUGAAGCCUUUGUACAAGAACAGUCAAAAGCGCGAGAUCAUCGCAUCUGUUGUUCAAGAAUUUUUCGAAAACGAUGUUCCUCUGUUAGAACCUACUGUCUUUGUAUGGACUUGUUACUUCUUGGCACAGCAUUUCUUGCAUGUGGGCGACAUUGCAUCUGCAGCUUCUCUCAUCGAUCAGGCGUUGGAGCACACGCCUGUAUUGGUUGAGUUGUACAUUCUCAAAGCAAGAAUCACUAAGCACCAAGGCAAAAUCGUUGAAGCGAGUGACAUCAUGCAAGCUGGCCGUGCUUUAGAUUUACAAGAUCGUUUCAUCAACUCAAAAACAGCGAAAUACCUCUUCCGUGCAAAUAAGGUGGAUGAAGCCAUUGAUUGUAUUUCUCUCUUCACGAAAUUGGAAGAAGGUGCUGUUAAUGGACUUAAAGAUUUGCAUCAAAUGCAAGCCAAUUGGGCGUUAGUCGAAAGUGGUGAAGCGUAUGCCAGACUCUAUAAAGAGGAAUUGGCGAAAUUACAAGAAUUAUCUCCUGAUGCGGCGAACUACUCCGAAGUAGCUGAUACUUGUGAUAUCUACCGUGGUUUGGCCUUAAAACGUUUCUUGGCAAUCUUAAAAAUCUUCAAAAAAUACCGUUCUGACGAGUUCGACUUCCAUUCCUACUGUAUGAGAAGAGGUACUCCACGGGACUACGUUGAGACUUUGCAAUGGGAAGAUCGUCUUCACUCUACACCUAUUUACAUUCGUGCCGUGAAGGGCUUGACAUCCCUUUACUGGGAGGUCUGGGAAGCUCAGCAAAUCCAGAAUGAAAAGGAGGACCCUAAGGACAAGAAGAAAUCUAAGAACAAGAAGGCAAAACCUCUCAACAUUAAGAAGAAGUCGGAACUUAUUGCCAAGGUUGAGUCCGUGAAGAAUGAUCCUGAUCCUUUGGGCUCAAAAGCUCUUUCAGACUUGAAGGAGAACCCCAAUAUUUUGGCGGAGUUGGAAGUUUUUUCAAAGCAAUUAUGCUCCGAGGCUAAGAACUACCGUUUCUCGUGGGAACUUUCCUAUAAGUUGUACAAAGCCGAAGCGAAGUAUGUUUUGGCUUUACAAGCACUUAGAUCUUGGGUCAGUAUUGUUGACCCAAAGCACAAAAAGUUGAGAGUUGUUGCGGACAAGGUAUUGGACUUGAAACAUACAUUGGAAAACGAUAAACAAGCAAACCCUGCAAUUGUCAAAGUGGUGGAAAAGGGGUUGCAGAAUGCUUUUCCUGAUUUGGAGAAGGGUGAGAGCCAACUACUCGAAGUCUACUGUCAUUAA